AUGUUCUACACACAGUACGCCAAGAAUGCCAACGCCAAUGAACACGCAGAGGAGUCUCCUAAAGCAGCCGUCGACGAAGCAGGCAAGACAACACCGGUGGAGGAUUUAUCAUCAUCAUCGUACACACUGGUCGAACGGGCAUUGGUGAACCGUUUAGGAGUCCGAGGCGCGGCACAGCCCUUGCGCGUAACUUGGGCCGCAGAAGUUUCCCGGAUCGAGAAAGACUCGCAGUGCGUGAGUCUCUUCAUCUCGGCGAGAGGAUCCGCACAACGCUUCCAAAUAAAGAGCGCCCACACAGUGGAGAAUUUAAAGCUUCCACAACACACGGUAGCCAUUACGGAAGUGGUGAGGCAAUAUGCGCAUCUCCAAGGCCUACCGAUCACCGAAAUCCAGCAUGCCGCUCCACAGAUUUUGAUCGGGCUGAAGGAUAUUCACCUUUACGCGCCGUUGGAAUCGCGAAUCGGCCGACCGGAAGAGCCGAUAACAGUAAGGUCGAAGCUAGGCUGGACCGUAUACGGGCCGACGGGACCGGGAAACGUGACUAGCGGAAUGGUCGCGCAUCAUUCGUGCAGCCCGGUGUCCAAUCAGGAGCUUCACGAUCUCCUGAAGAGUCACUACACGGUGGAGGAGUCCGGCAUUUCCAUCGCCUUGCUUCCGGAGCCGGAAGAAGACAGAAGAGCGAAGGAGAUUUUGAAGAAGACGACGAGGAGGAUCGGCGAUCGUUUCGAGACGGGUUUGCUGUGGAAGGACGACAACAUCGAAUUUCCCGACAGCUACCCUAUGGCGGUGAAGCGGCUGAUGUGUUUGGAGAAACGCCUGCGGAAGGAUCCCGAGCUGUAUGUUAAAGUCCGUACCAUGAUCGCCGACUAUCUCGUGAAAGGCUACGCACACGAAGCGUCGGAGUCGGAGCUGCUAGCGCUGGAUUGCAGCAAGGUGUGGUACGUUCCGCUGAAUAUCGUCUACAACCCGAGAAAGAAGAAGUUUCGUCUGGUGUGGGACGCCAGAGCGGAAGUUAGAGGAGUGUCGCUCAACUCGAAGUUGCUGAAGGGACCGGAUAUGCUGACUGCCCUGCCGGCGGUGAUAUGCAAGUUUCGGGAGCGAGAAGUCGGUUUCGGCGCAGACAUAAAGGAGAUGUACCACCAGCUGCGGAUUCGAGAAGAGGACAAGCGAGCUCAAAGGUUUCUGUUCCGAAACGAUCCGUCGGAGAAGCCUACAGUGUAUGUGAUGGACGUAGCGACCUUUGGGUCGACGAGCUCGCCAUGCUCGGCGCAGUACGUCAAGAACCUGAACGCGAAGGAGUUUGCGGGACAAUUCCCAGCGGCGGCGGUGGCCAUCGUCGAAAACCACUACGUCGACGAUUAUUUCGACAGCGUAGACACGAUCGAGGAAGCUGUGGAACGGGCGAAGGAAGUACGAUACGUCCACUCCAGAGGCGGUUUUGAGCUCCGCAACUGGGUCUCCAAUUCCGAAGAGUUCCUGGAUGCGAUGGGAGAGCGAAAAGAGGAUCAGUGCGUGCGGUUCAGCGAGGAUAAGGAGUCCGGAUCCGAGCGAGUACUGGGGAUCGUGUGGAGCCCGGCAAGUGACGAAUUCUCGUUCUCCACCAAACUGAGAGACGAUCUGGAGCCGUUCCUGUCCGGCGAGAAGCUGCCGACCAAAAGGAUCCUGUUGAGCUGCGUGAUGAGCUUUUUCGACCCGUUAGGACUGUUGUCCAUUUUCACGUUCUAUGGGAAGCUGCUGAUUCAGGACCUGUGGCGUACUGGAUGUGAGUGGGACCAGCAGAUCGAUGAAGAGUGUGCGGAGAAGUGGAGCAACUGGAUCCGGAGGCUUCCAGAAGUCGACGAAGUGCGCAUUCCCCGCUACUAUUUCCGUGGCGGAUUUUCACUGCGAUACGACAGCUUACAGCUACACGUUUUCGUAGACGCUAGCCAGGACGCGUACGGUGCCGUGGCGUACAUCCGCAUCGAGACGGCCACCGGGCCGUUAUGCUCGCUCGUGAUGGCGAGAUCUAAGGUAGCACCGCUGCAGCACAUGUCCAUACCGCGACUGGAGCUGCAAGCUGCAUGCAGUGUUAGGAGCGAGGCUGGCGAACUCCGUCGGCGAGACGAUUUCGUUGGAGGUGAAGCAGCGUUUUAUGUGGUCCGACUCGAGACCGUGCUGUCGUGGAUCCACUCCGACCACCGUCGGUACAAGCAGUUUGUGGCGUACCGGAUCGGCGAGAUCCACAGUCUAACGAAGCUCGCAGAAUGGAGAUGGGUGCCGACGAAGCGCAACGUGGCCGACGCGUUAACGAAGUGGGAAAAGGCGCACAGCCUGCGACCAAGCGGACCAUGGUUUCGUGGCCCAGACUUUCUGUACCAGCCGGAGGAUUUUUGGCCGGAGCAAGAGGCAGUGACACCGAGCACUAGCGAGGAGACCCGAGCGUGUUUGCAUUUCCACGAAAUUGCAGUCACUGAGCCGAUGGUGGACCCGCUGCGGUUUUCGAUGUGGAAGAUUCUGGUCCGGACGGUAGCGUGCGUCUACCGGUUUGCAUCGAACUGCAGAAGGAAGAGGGAUGGGCUGGAGAUCGAAGUCGUACCGGCCACUGCAAGAAUCAGCAGCGUCGUGAAGAAACACGUGCGAACGAAGCUAGUGCCGCUGAAGCGGGACGAAUACCGGAAAGCGGAGGCGUAUCUCUGGAGGUCGGCCCAAGCCGAUUGCUUUGGAGACGAGGUCUGCACAUUGGUGAAGAACCAGAAGCAGCCGAAUCAGCAGCAACAAGUGGAGAAGAGCAGUAGCCUUUACAGCUUGAGCCCGUUCCUGGACGCCGAGGGUGUACUACGGAUGGAAGGCAGAGCGGCGCAAGGAUCGUCGCUACCAUUCGAGCUGCGGUUUCCGAUUAUUUUGCCGAAAAAGCAUCCGGUGACCGACAAGCUGCUCGACCACUAUCAUCAGCAAGUAGCUCACGGGAACACGGAGACCGCAGUCAACGAAAUUCGGCAGCGUUUCUACGUCCAGAAUCUGCGAGCGGAACUGAAGAUCGGAAGAAUGUGCGUCUGGUGCAAGGUGCAGAAGUGUCGCCCGUCGAACCCGAGGAUGGCUCCGUUGCCGGAGUCGCGAGUGACGCCGCAUCUGCCACCGUUCAGCCACACCGGCGUGGACUACUGCGGACCGCUGACUGUUACUGUCGGCCGCAGAUCAGAGAAGAGGUACAUCUGCCUGUUUACCUGCAUGACGACGAGGGCUGUCCACCUUGAGGUCGCUCACAGCCUGACGACUCAAGCGUGUCUGAUGGCCAUACGGCGGUUCGUGUGUCGCAGAGGGAAGCCGCUAGAGUUCUACUCGGACAACGGCACAAACUUCCGAGCAGCAAGCAAGGCCAUCAUGCAGCGAAUCGAGAUGGAGUCAGAGGACGAAUUCACGGAUUCCAGGACCCGCUGGAAUUUCAACCCGCCCAGCGCACCUCACAUGGGUGGGGUUUGGGAGCGAUUGGUUCGCUCCGUGAAGGCAGCACUGACCGUGCUGAACGACGGGCGGACGAUAACGGACGAAGUGCUACUGACGACGAUAGCGGAGGCCGAAGACCUCAUCAACUCCCGGCCACUAACGUACGUUGGCCUGGAACCAGGAGCAGAGGGAGCGUUGACGCCGAACCACUUUGUUCGCGGCGUUGGCACAAUCAGCGAGGAGCGUUCUGUUCCAGCGACGAGUGAUGCCGAAGCACUGCGAGACCGCUACAAGCGGUCACAGCGACUGGCGGACAAGCUGUGGGCUCGGUGGGUGUCCGAGUAUCUGCCAUCCAUCAACCAGCGGACGAAGUGGCUCUCCGAGUCGCCGCCACUAGCGUGUGGUGAUCUAGUGUACAUCACCGAUGAGGUCGUGCGGAAGAGCUGGAUCCGGGGCAUCGUGACGGACGUCUACCCAGGAGCGGACGGCAGAAUCCGGCAGGCCAUGGUCGAGACGAGCAAAGGUAAGUUUAGGAGGCCGGUGACCAGACUGGCUGUGCUCGAGGUACAGGAGGGUAAAUCCGGUGCAGCCGAGGAGCCCCACCAGAGUUACGGGAGGGGGUGUGUUGGCACAGCCCCGUACCACCCUUCGACAGCGUAACCAUUGCUCAACAUACGUUCCACGCAGGGCAAGACAACACCGGUGGAUGGAUAAACGGUGAGCAGAGCAUAGCUGUCAGUGAGUAUGUUGGUGUGAGGGAGAUGGUAAAAAUAGAAAGGUAAAUAAAACCAUAAACAAAAUAGAAAAUGGUUCAGAAUAGGCAUUGAAGGAAAAGUAUAGUUCAUGUUGAAUCUGAAUAUUUGAAGUUGCUGCUAGUAGUAGAAAAAAGUAAUAGUUUGAAGGAUAGAAAGUUGUGUAUUAGCGGUUCCAAAGCACAAUUCGAGGUAGUCCGGGAUCCGUGGAAGUGCACGAGCGUUAGCCGCCAUACCUGUGGGAAAAGCAGGAUAUAACUGAAAACUAUAUAAUGUAAGUAAAGAACUAGAAAUAGUUGAGAAUCAUAUUUGUAAACAUGUAAACUUUUCUAUUCCUUUUGAUUGUUUGAUUAAAUAAAAUUAGUUUCAAGCUGUUGCAAAAGUUUAACUGCCUGCUUUGAGAAUUCAGUUUUCUUAGGGUGGUCCAAAAA